AUGAAGCCCUCUUUACUGCUUCUGUGUCACCUCUGGCUGUUCAGCCUCACCCCUCUCUCACUGGCAUCAGACUCGGCACAAGGCACCUCCAGCCUAACUUGUUGGUAUGACUCGCGGGCAGCUCUCUUCUGCGACUGGAACCCAGGCAGGGACCUAGUUGAAGCACCAUGCCAGCUGGAGAUUUUAUCGAAGUUAGCAUUUUGUGACAGGUUAUUUCCCUUACCUGAAAAAUUCAAGGAGCACUGUGAAUUACCCAAGGCAGAGCACACGACAGGACUGAGGAGAUGCAUCAAGACCUUCAGCAAAAACAGUAAUACUCAAUGCUUCACCACUGCAGACCGUCUUACCAUGUCUGUCCAUUGCCAGAUUGGAGAGAAUAGGUGUAUACCUGUGCGAAUAGAAGAUUUCAGUCCACUUGCAAAUAUAAAGCUGAGGCCUCCAGGAAAUCUUCAGCUGGUUAGCAAAACUGAAAACACCUACAACUUAACAUGGAGCCUGAAUAUUUCCUCUCACUAUUUGGAUGGGGAGCGGGAAUACGAAGUGCGGUACCGAACCACGAGUCAGUCCUGGGAGGAGGCCAGGAACUUCACCAUUGUGCAGGACCAGAUGUGGGUGGUGUUUGAGAGCCUCUCCCCUGACUUGAAGUAUGAGGCAGCUGUCCGUGCAAGGCCGAGUGCCUCAAGUACCUACAAAGGCGUGUGGAGCGACUGGAGCAAGACGAUACUGUGGAGGACACGUGCUGACCAAACAUCCCGGCCGGUCUUGCCAGCUCUUAUAGUGAGCACUUGCAUCUUCGUGAUCAUUGGAACUGCCUUCCUUAUUAACUUACGGACCCUGAAAUGGUUUAAGAAGAUCCUGAAGAUUCACAUCCCAGACCCCAAGAAGUUCUUUCCCCCACUCGUUUCAGUUCAUGGAGGUGACAUUCAGAAAUGGCUCUCCUCCCCAUUCUCCAUAUCUUCCUACUGUGUGAACAGCACAACCCCGGAGAUCUCCAUGCUCGAGGUGAUGCAGAAGAAUGAUCAGGAAUCCCAGUUUCUACUUUCCAAGGGAACCCUGACUCCUGAUCCUCCCUUAGAAACCAGUGGGCACUCUGUAUCCAGCUGCUUCACCAACCAAGGCUACUUCUUCUUCCACCUUCCCAACUCCUUUGAGAUCGAGCCCUGUCAGGUCUACUUCACCUACGAGCCUUUCACCCAGGAAGGCAGUGGCAGCGAGGAUGGCGAGUCUUACCAGGCUCUCCCCUCCCCAGGCCUCUGCACACUGGCAGAGGACAUGCCCGUGUUGUCCCACAACUUCCUUCACUGUAUCAAGGCGACCCGUGGCUUCCAAAACAGCUCCUUCACGGAAGAGACAGAAGGUGAAGCCCAGUGGGCUGUGGAUAUUUCGGGGGCUCUCCGGUCAAGUGAAGGCACCUCACCAAGACCAGUUCUGAAACAGGAUGAGAAGGUGAUGGACAAAGCGGCUUUACAACCUGCUGAGGCCCUGUGCCAGCUGGACACUGACUUUCCUGAUCCACCAGACCUGCAUGACAGCGAUACUAUUGAUGUAACAGAGGAGAGUGGGAAGGCAGGCCUUCCAAUUGACCCCUGUACACUAGCAGCAUGUACACUAGCAGCACAUGCUACCUCUUCUUUCUCUCAGCCUCCACCUCUAAGGCAAACCCAGGAUGAGGAUCCAUGCAGAACAGCCUUCUCCAGCCAGGUCCCAAACACUGGUGCCUACCUUUCUCUGAGGGACCUCCAAAGCCAGUACAGCAAUUGCUCUGUCUAG